UUUUUUUUUUAAAAAGUAUUAUGAUUCAUCUAGGUGGGUCACCUUAAUGGAGAGGUGAAAACAUACAACUUAGCAGACUAGAGUACUGCAGCUGAAUUAAUGAACGUUUUGAACUCUGAAUUAGCAUGUCAAGUUCAAUUGGUUUAAUCUGGAGAAUUAGUCAAUGCAUCCUCAAUUUUGGCAGGAGAAAGAAUCUACUAUGUCACCGUUGACGCAGAAGGAGGUAAGAAAAAGAAGAAAAAGAAGAAGAACUUUGCCAAGCCCAAAAAGAAGAAGCACCGACACCGAAAAGUUAAGUUGGCUACCCUUAAAUUAUACAACGUUGAUAAUAAGGGUGUCGUCCAAAGAUCUCAUAAAUAAUGUCCUUAAUGCCCAUAAGGUGUUUACAUGGCCAAGCAUUUUGAUAGACAUUAUUGUGGUACAUGCCAUUAAACUUUCAGAAUGGACGAAGCAACAAUUAAAGCCAACUUAGAAGCAAUCAAAAAAUAAUAAGCUGCCAAAGCUGCUGCCGCUGCUGCUGCUGCUCCAGCUGCUGGUGCAGACAAAGGCGCUGCUGGAGGAAAAAAAGGCAAGAAGAAGUGAAACAUAUCAUCUAGUAUAUUAAUAAAGAAUUUAAUAAAUUAAUAAAAUCUCAAAA